AUGUCGUCAGUGACGGCCGCCGAGUUCUUGCGUGCCCAAGCGUUGCGUGGUGCCAAUCUUGAUCCAGAUCCCCGAGGCGUCGACUACAGCUUGUUUGAAUCGCAGUCAGACGAGUAUGCGCAACAGAAAGACUUGGUCGCAGCGACUGUAUCGUCCCUGCCAGCGCCUGUCGCGUCCAUGCAGCGAGCGAUACAUCGUGGUGACUACGCUGCUGCGCUUAAACUCUUUGGACAGUUACAGGAGCUGGAAACACAUCUAGAUACCCCCCUGGCUGAGUAUGCCUCCAUGGCGCGUUGGUGCGUAGCCUCAGGUGCUGUGAAAGAAGCGCUUACUUUUCUGGCACGAACGCCCCUGGCGUCGGAAGCGCCUCGACGGACACAUCACGACGUGACACAAACCUUGGCAUGGCUCGUACGAUCGGGCGAUAUCCCUACCAUGCAGCGAGCGAUCCUCUUAGCAGCGGAGCGCGAGUACAUUCAUUCGAUACCAAGUGCGUUGCUCGCACUGUACCAAGGCGCAUUUGGCGGCACGACAGAGGCCGCGCCGUACUGGUGCGUCAUCGCCGCGGCUCUGCAGCGCGCGGGGAUCGACACUGUAACGUUAUCGCACCUCUUUCAACGUGUUGUCCAAGCACAGAUUCGCGCGCGGUAUCCGCCUAUGCACGAAGGCAUGCCUUCCACGUCACGUCAUCCUCAUGCGUUUUUCCCAUGGGAUGCUACGACGUCGGCAUUGGCGCGUGGCGAGGCUGUGACCAGACGACAGAAAAUGACCAAGCAUGAUCAGAUGCGAUUUCAUUACUAUGAGCGCGCCAAGGAUACGGUGCGUAUGCGCAGUGUGUUGCUCGGUGCGCUGCGGCGAAACACCUUGCCGCCUGUGGAGCUUGUAGCGACAUUGCUCUGUGCUACACUGUCGCAUACGCACAUCCUCAUGCCAGCCAGCGAUGCACAGCCUGCGUAUCGUGUAUCGACUGGGGCUUUUCUACGGCCACUCCGACGCCGUCUGCAGCCAUGCCAUGGCUUAUGGGAAACAGCCACGUUACGUGCGCUGGAGAAAUCCGGCGAUUGGCAAGCAGCGUUGCGAUUAUGGCAGCUCCGCUUUGAGCCACUCCCUGGUAUCCGAGAAUCCAGCAUGGAGGAGCUUCUUUCUGUGCCGCACACGUACGCUCCUACGUCUUCCUAUGGAGCCGCUGUUGCGCGGAAUAGCGCGCGACGACCGACGAUGCAGCGUGAUGUACGUCCCCGCAUCGUACCUACGCCGUAUGCCUGUGCGACAGCCCUGCGUGCUAUGGUGCGUGGGUAUGGUCCGCAGGGCAAAGCUCUCGGUGCACUGUAUUCGGAUAUACUUAAAGCCAUGGUGCCUGGUGGCCCUACUGCGACGGCUGCUUGCUUUGAGGCGUUCAUUGCGAUGGCCAGUCGUGUGGACGCCAAGCGAUUUCUUAGUCAGAACGCACAGCGGCAGCAUACUUCGCAGCUGCCGACGAUGUGGUCGAUGCUGGCCGAUAUGCGCGCGAUGGGGACGAUCCCCCGUGCUACGACCUGGACGUUGUUCUUGCAAGCGCUGCUUCGUGAUCCCACGCGCGCCCAUUGGCGUAUGGCCCUUCGCCUCUUGCGCCAUAUGACGAGUACAGUGCCCACUCCCAGCGCGACGCCCAGUUCCCCCGCGACGUGGCCACGUGCUACGCGAGGGACCUACACAGGUCUGUUGCAUGUGCUGCAGCGGCGGCGGCCUACGGCGCGCACACGGCGCCAGCACCGCGUGAUUUGUAAGAUGCAGCAGCGUGAUGAGGACACGACAGAUCGGCCAAACGAAUAG